UCAGCUACGGAAAGCCGUAUUGGUCCAAAAAAAUCGCUGCAAACAAACUCACAAACAGAGUCGCUACGGCCACGAGAAAACGGUGUAACGGCUGUUAACGGUCAUUUAACGGCUAUUUAACGGACAUGAGAGUUUUAGUCGGAGGAGGAUCUGGCUUUGUGGGCCGUGAGCUGACCCGCCUGCUCACAAACAAAGGUCAUGAGGUCACGGUGAUAUCUCGACAGCCGGGCCCAGGAAAGAUAACAUGGGGUGAGUUGGAGUCCAGUGGCCUCCCAGCAUGUGAAGGCGCUGUCAACUUGGCUGGAGAGAAUCUGAUGAACCCGUUACGAUGGUGGAAUGAAAGCUACAAAAAGGAUUUGUUCUCCAGUCGUAUCGACACUACAAAAACUCUGGCUCGAGCCAUCGCUGCUUCACCCAGUCCUCCUCGCUCCUGGGUCCUGGUAUCAGGUGUAGCUUGUUACAAGCCCAGUCUGACAGCUCAGUACACAGAAGACAGUGAGUGGACACCGUUUGACCUCCUCUCCAAACUUGUGAAAGAGUGGGAGGCCUCGGCACUUCUUCCUGAGGAUGUGGCAAAAACCACCAAGCAAGUCGUCGUCAGGCCAGGAGUAGUAUUGGGCCGCGAUGGUGGUGCCAUGAAACAAAUGCUGCUGCCCUUCUGGCUCGGCCUCGGUGGCACCCUGGGGUCGGGAAAUCAGCCCUUCCCCUGGAUCCACGUCUCGGACUUGGCGGGAAUCAUCGCCCACGCCCUGGAGCCUCCUGCUGACACUUUUUCCCCUUCACCACAAGUGUUCAACGGAGUCGCACCUGCACUCAACACCAACUACGAGUUCACUAAAGAGCUGGGCCGGGUCAUGAGGAGGCCUACCAUAUUUCCUGUGCCCGGCUUUGUCGUUAACACCCUGUUGGGCGCUGAGAGGGGCAUGGUCCUCACACAGGGCCAGAAAGUCGUACCAGAGAGGACUCAGGAGUCCGGAUUUCAGUACAAGUACCCGGACUUGACCUCAGCACUGAAAGAGAUUGUUGGGAGUUAACAGAUGUCAGAAUAUUGUGUAACUCAGGACAAACCGGAAGACGUGAUUCAGAUCUGAGGACUGAAGAAGUGUUUCUCCCAUCAGUUUGUGAAUCGGCAGAUUUUUGUGUCGUGUUUGUUCAUACUGUACUUGAAAGUAAAUCUGAGACAGAUGUAAAUACAGGUGUGAUGGCGUCCUUACACACAUUCAGGGUACACUGAGAUCUGAUUGUUCAAGCUGAUUUGCUCAGCAUUAAGAGUUGGUCAGGGAGACAUCGAAGGACACAAAACUGCUUAUGACAAACAAAUGGAUUAAACAUUUUGAAGUCCAUAUCACAGUAGUCCUCCUCUCAUGCUGCACGCGAUACCACAGGUGUAUCUUUUUCCUGUUCAGCAGCAUUUGCUCUUUUCUAUGUGUGUCUAUAAAACAGGACAGUAAAAAAAUGUUCAGCAGGAUUUUCUACAGCCCAAGUCGAUGAUAAAAUAUCUUGUUCUGUCUGACCAACAGUCAAAAAA